AUGGCACUUCCGCACCUGGCGGCAUAUUUCAAACUAAUCCGCGCCCGAGGGUCGCCACAACCGCACGAGGACCCUAGAGGCCAGCCGGGCCGACGCGUCGCCGGAGAGCCGAGCGGCGGCGGACAAGCGACGCCGCCCCCGCGACGCCGCCCCCGCAUAAAGAACGCCGCGACGCCACCUGCACCCGGCACCAUUUCAAAUCUGACAGUGUUCGCUACAGGGGAAAUUCUUGUUAGCACUGUUGAGCUGCGUAAGCGAAGAGCGAGGCUUCCUUGGAGUGAAUGCGUGCCUAACAAGGGAGCACAGCGCGGCGGGCGACGGCUGCUGUUCCCACGGGGCCCCGCGAGCCGCUGCUACCUGCUGGCGGGACCUGGGCAGCCACCUGCCGGCCAACCCAGCCGCCGAGCGCCGCUCGACAAACCGCGCAUCGCCGCGGAGACGCCUCAAAUUCGGUCACUGAAUGCACCGGUGUCCGUCCGUGCGUCGGCGGUUGUGGUAGGCCAUCCUGCGCGUGACGACGCAGCCGCCCCCGAGCGGCGACCGGCGGCCAUCGCAGGCACCUUCACUGUGAGCUCGCAGCACAACGCCUGGCCGCGCCGAGCCGCGCAGCGCAGCGCCAAACGACCGGCUGCUGCCUGCCCGCUCCGCCGGCCCCCUCGCCGGCACCUGUCCACCCCUCCGCCCGCGCCGCUCUUAGUGAAUUACAAUCUUCCCCCGGACACACAUCACGGGGCCCCGCCGGCCGCAGCUGCCGCCGCCGCCGCCGCCGCCGCCGCCGCCUGA